AGCAACUGCCACGCGUGCCGAUACAAACUCGGACCGAACACCGUCCACGCGUGCUCCAUCCCGAGGCGGAAAGAAGCAGAUCUGCUAGCUGAACUGCAACGCCGCCAGGAGGAACACGCGGCAGCUGACACCACCGGCCAUCAGAGCCGCCCACGAACCAGGAACGUCGCCGAGCUGCCGACCUCCCACACAGCCUCAACAUCACCACAACACACUGGUGAAUCUCAAACAUGCACCGCCGACGGCGCGGCGCAAAUACACCAGCCCUCUGAGCCCCCUGUAAACAACUGCCAGUCAGGCGCGUCCACCAUGUCGAACCCUGAUAGCCCCGCCGAGGCCGGCCCGAACAGCCCUCCCGCCGCCGAAAAUGCCACCGAAAUUUCCACCCACGACGCCAUGCCGCCCCACCCAGAAAACGCCCUGCCGGAAACUGAAAAAUCAACCGACGAAGGCUGGCAACUCGCCACCAAGAUCUUCCGCCCCAGGAGA